AUGAAGGUCUUCUCGUUCAUUUGGAGUCUUCUACUUGUACUGGUAUGUCUCGUACAAGCAGAUGACCCCGUCACAUCAGAAUCAGACUCAUCUUCGUUCAAUGGAACUUCCACACAUACAAACAAUUGGGCAGUUCUUGUUUCAACUUCAAGAUUCUGGUUCAAUUACCGUCACAUGGCCAAUGUGCUUUCUCUUUAUAGAACAGUUAAGAGAUUGGGUAUUCCAGACUCUCAGAUCAUUCUCAUGUUGUCUGAUGACAUUGCAUGCAACCCACGUAAUGCAUUCCCAGGAACUGUGUUCAACAAUAUGGACCAAGCCCUUGAUCUCUAUGGUGAUCUGAUUGAAGUGGAUUACCGUGGAUACGAAGUCACCGUGGAGAACUUUGUACGUCUCCUCACAGAUCGUUGGGACGCCAACCAUCCUCGUUCUAAGCGUCUCCUUACUGACGAAAACUCAAACAUUUUCAUCUAUCUCACUGGUCAUGGAGGUAAUGAAUUCCUUAAGUUCCAAGAUGCUGAAGAAAUCAGUGCAUAUGACAUUGCUCAUGCCUUUGAACAAAUGCACGAGAAGAAAAGAUACAACGAGAUUUUCUUCAUGAUUGACACGUGUCAGGCAAACACCAUGUUCAAACAUUUCUAUAGUCCAAACAUCUUAUCGGUCGGUUCACUGGCAAUCGACGAGUCUUCAUACUCCCAUCAUCUGGACAUGGACAUUGGAGUGGCCGUCAUUGAUCGGUUCACCUACUACGCCUUGGACUUUUUGGAAAAAAUCCACAAAAACUCUAAAGUCACCAUGGAUAAACUCUUCGAUGUUUUCACCUUUGACAAUGUUCAUCUGAACCCUGGGAUCGAGACUUCCUUGUUCAACCGUAAGUUGAACGAAACUUUAUUGACUGACUUUUUUGGGAACGUUCAAAACGUCCAAGUUGAUGUCAAGAAUGAUGACAUUUUGUAUGUGCUGAACCACGACUCAAAUGGCGCAAGAAAGGACAAGGUUGUCGAAGAGCAACAAGAAGAAGGUGCUGGUACCAUCUCGGGUACUUCUCCAUCGCCAAAAGCAAUCUUUGGGGACUCCGACGCGGAAGAACGCCGUACACUCAUAGACAUCAGUUCAUUCCAAACAAAAAUUAUCAGUUUAGUAACAGUGGUUGUAUUAUCAGCCUUGUGGUUUAUUGGGAAAGAGAUGGAUAAAUAA